CGCAGGGAGGGGCGGGCUGGGGCGCGGCCGAGCAGUGGGGCCGAGCCCGAGGAAGAGGAAGUCGGAGCCCGAGCCCGAGCCGGAGCCCGAGCCCGAGCCCGAGCCCGACGGCGGCUGUAGGGCGCUCCGGCAGCCCGAGCCGGCGCAGCGCAGCCGGCACCUUCCCCGCCCGACCUGCGAGCGCCGCCCGGGCAUGCGAAGCCGCCCCUCCCCGGGUCUUCUUAAAAAUCAUGGCAAACUAUCCUAUUUCUCCGUACACUGAGAGAUGACCAUAUGUAGGUGCUGAGUUUACCCCAUGCCAUUUUGGCAUCUUUGAAGAUAAGAGUGAAGACUGAUGAGAAGAGUGUGUGGGUGAAGACAUUGAAAAGGUUUCAACUAGAAAAAUGGGCACCAGUUGCGUCUUGAAGUGCCAUCAGCUGUAACCAAAGUUCCAGAUCCCAAGACGACAGCCAGGCGUUCCUGCCCUCAAGAACUGAAGACGAUGGAGCUUUCUGAUAGUGACCGACCCAUCAGCUUCGGUUCCACAUCAUCCUCGGCCUCUUCCCGUGACAGCCAUGGUUCCUUCGGCAGCAGAACGACCUUAGUUUCAAAUAGCCACUUGGGCUUGUUUAACCAGGAUAAGGAGGUAGGGGCCAUAAAACUGGAGCUGAUUCCGGCCAGGCCGUUUUCCAGCAGCGAGCUGCAGAGGGACAACCCCGCCACGGGGCAACAGAACGCGGACGAGGGCAGUGAAAGGCCACCCAGGACGCAGUGGAGAGUGGACUCAAACGGGGCACCCAAGACGACCGCAGACUCAGCCACCAGCCCCAAGCUCCUCUAUGUGGAUAGAGUUGUUCAGGAAAUUCUGGAGACCGAAAGGACUUAUGUACAAGAUUUAAAAAGCAUCGUAGAGGAUUACCUGGACUGCAUCAGGGACCAAACAAAACUUCCCCUGGGGACCGAAGAAAGAUCAGCCCUUUUUGGAAACAUACAGGAUAUCUACCACUUCAAUAGUGAACUUCUGCAAGAUUUGGAAAACUGUGAAAAUGAUCCUGUGGCCAUAGCAGAGUGUUUUGUGUCCAAGAGUGAAGAGUUCCACAUUUAUACCCAGUAUUGCACUAACUAUCCAAGGUCCGUGGCUGUGCUAACAGAGUGUAUGAGGAACAAAAUACUGGCCAAAUUCUUCAGGGAACGUCAGGAAACUCUGAAACACUCGCUGCCUCUGGGGUCCUAUCUCUUGAAACCAGUUCAGCGGAUUCUCAAGUAUCAUCUCCUUCUGCAUGAAAUAGAAAACCACCUUGAUAAGGACACAGAAGGCUAUGAUGUGGUGCUUGAUGCUAUAGACACAAUGCAGCGAGUCGCCUGGCACAUCAAUGACAUGAAGCGGAAACACGAGCACGCGGUCCGGUUACAGGAGAUACAGAGUUUGCUCACUAACUGGAAAGGGCCAGACCUGACCAGCUACGGGGAACUGGUGCUUGAGGGAACCUUCCGCAUCCAGCGAGCCAAGAAUGAGCGGACGCUCUUCCUCUUCGACAAGCUGCUGCUCAUCACAAAGAAGAGAGAUGACACGUUUACAUACAAAGCUCACAUCCUGUGUGGCAAUCUCAUGCUUGUGGAGGUGAUUCCAAAAGAGCCACUCAGCUUCAGCGUCUUCCACUACAAGAAUCCCAAGCUGCAGCACACAGUCCAGGCCAAAUCCCAGCAAGACAAACGCCUCUGGGUUUUGCACCUAAAGAGACUGAUUCUGGAGAACCAUGCAGCCAAGAUUCCAGCUAAGGCCAAGCAAGCAAUCCUUGAAAUGGAUGCCAUUCAUCAUCCAGGCUUCUGUUACAGUCCUGAGGGAGAGACGAAAGCACUGUAUGGCUCUAAAGAAGGUUCUGCUCCAUAUCGGCUGAGAAGAAAAUCUGAACCUUCCUCACGAUCACAUAAAGUUUUGAAGACCAGUGAAACAGCACAAGACAUCCAAAAGGUUUCUAGAGAGGAAGGAUCUCCCCAGCUGUCUUCAGCAAGGCCGUCUCCUGCCCAGAGAAAUAGUCAGCCUAGCAGUUCUACCAUGAUCAGCGUGCUUCGAGCGGGUGGAGCUCUCAGAAACAUCUGGACCGAUCACCAGAUCAGGCAAGCCUUGUUUCCCAGCCGACGGUCCCCGCAGGAGAACGAGGAUGACGAAGAUGAUUAUCAGAUGUUCGUGCCGUCAUUUUCCUCCUCAGAUCUGAACUCUACCAGACUAUGUGAAGACGGCACUUCUAGUCGCCCUUGCAGCUGGCAUAUGGGACAGAUGGAGUCCACAGAGACCUCCAGCUCUGGUCACAGGAUUGUCAGGCGGGCCAGCAGUGCUGGGGAGAGCAACACGUGCCCUCCUGAAAUAGGAACUAGUGACAGAACUAGGGAACUGCAGAACGGCCCCAAAACAGAAGGGCAGGAGGAGAUGACUCUCUUUGGGUCAUCCAUAGAGUUGACUAUUGAUGACAUAGACCAUGUCUAUGAUAACAUCAGUUAUGAGGACUUAAAACUAAUGGUUGCUAAGCGGGAAGAAGCCGAAUCCACUCCCUCUAAAUCAGCCAGGGACUCCGUUCGCCCCAAGAGCACCCCAGAGUUAGCCUUCACAAAGAGGCAGGCUGGCCACGGUAAGGGCUCUCUUUACGCACAAACAGAUGGCGCCCUCUCAGGUGGAGAGGCAUCCAGCCAAAGCACACAUGAACUCCAAGCGGUUGAGGAGAACAUCUAUGACACCAUAGGGCUCCCAGAUCCUCCAUCGCUGGGUUUUAAGUGCAGCAGCCUAAAGCGUGCAAAGCGGAGCACCUUUUUGGGUCUGGAGGCCGACUUCGUGUGCUGUGACAGCCUGAGGCCAUUUGUUUCCCAAGACAGCCUCCAGUUCAGUGAGGACGAAGCCCCUUACCAUCAGGCCACCCCCGAUCAUGGUUAUCUGAGUUUGCUGUACGACUCUCCCAGUGGUAACCUGUCUAUGCCUCAUAAGCCUGUAUCUGAUAAACUGUCCGAAGAAGUAGAUGAAAUCUGGAAUGACCUGGAAAAUUACAUCAAGAAAAAUGAAGACAAGGCCAGAGACCGUCUCCUGGCAGCGUUUCCUGUGAGCAAGGAUGAUGUGCCAGACAGGCUGCACGCAGAGAGCACCCCUGAGCUGAGCCGGGACGUGGGGCGCUCUGUGUCCACGCUGUCCCUGCCUGAGAGCCAGGCUGUCCUCAUGCCUGUGAAGAGCAGGGCUGGCAGAGCCAGCCGCGCCAACUGCCCCUUUGAGGAAGACCUGAUUUCUAAAGAAGGCUCUUUUAUGAGCCUUAACCGGCUUUCUCUGGCUAGUGAAAUGCCCCUCAUGGACAGUCCCUAUGACCUGGCCAACAGUGGCCUGUCUCAAACAGACCCAGAAAACCCUGACCUGGGGAUGGAGGCCACAGAUAAGGCAAAAAGCAGGGUGUUUAUGAUGGCUCGGCAGUACAGUCAGAAGAUUAAGAAGGCGAAUCAACUUUUAAAAGUGAAAAGUCCAGAGCUGGAGCAGCCGCCGGCCAGUCAGCAUCAGAAAUCCACGCACAAAGACCUGGCUGCCAUCUUGGAAGAGAAGAAGCAAGGAGGGCCCGCCAUUGGUGCCAGGAUUGCUGAGUAUUCCCAGUUGUAUGACCAGAUUGUAUUCAGAGAGUCUCCCUUGAAAAUUCAUAAGGAUGGCUGGGCCAGCCCUCAAGAAUCCUCCCUCCUGAGGUCUGCGUCACCUUCCCAGGUCCACCAUGGUAGUGAAGACUGGCUUCUGCAUUCAACCUAUAGUAAUGGAGAGUUAGCAGAUUUCUGUCUCCCACCAGAGCAAGACUUGAGGUCAAGAUAUCCCACGUUUGAGAUCAAUACAAAAAGUACUCCCAGGCAAUUGUCCGCAGCUUGCUCUGUGCCUUCUCUUCAAACCUCCGACCCUCUGCCAGGCUCUGUGCAGAGAAGCAGCGUGGUAGUAAGUCAGCCCAACAAAGAGAACUGGUGUCAGGACCAUCUUUACAACUCCUUGGGUCGGAAAGGGAUCAGCGCUAAAUCUCAGCCUUAUCACAGGUCCCAGUCAUCUUCCUCCGUCUUGAUCAACAAAUCAAUGGACUCCAUCAACUACCCUAGUGACGUGGGAAAGCAGCAGCUGCUGUCUUUACGAAGAAGUUCAAGGUGUGAGAGUCACCAGGACUUGCUGCCAGAUAUCGCUGACUCGUGUCAACAGGGCACUGAAAAACUCUCAGAUCUCACACUCCAAGACUCACAGAAAGUUGUGGUGGUCAAUAGAAAUUUACCCUUAAAUGCCCAAAUUGCAACACAGAACUAUUUUUCCAAUUUCAAAGAGACUGAUGGAGAUGAAGAUGACUAUGUGGAAAUCAAGUCAGAAGAAGAUGAGUCGGAGUUGGAGCCAUCUCACAAUCGUAGAAAGAAAUCUGACUCAAAGUUUGUGGAUGCUGACUUUCCUGAUAAUGUCUGUAGUGACAACACAUCGCAUCCUUUGAAUAGUCCGCGCACUCCAAAAAAGCUGGUUAACAGCAAACUUGGGCUUUCACCAUAUCUGACACCAUAUAAUGAUGCUGACAAAAUGCAUGACUAUCUUUGGAGGGGGCCAUCUCCCAAUCAACAAAAUAUUGUCCAGUCUCUAAGGGAAAAGUUUCAGUGUCUCAGUUCAAGCAGCUUUGCUUAAGGUUCUUCAUAAUAACUGCUUGAAUCAACUUCUUAUUUUGCUCAUAAAACGUUACAGAUACUGAUGAGGUGUUUUAUGUAUACCAGAUUAAAACGAUUUUGUAAGAACCAGAGGUGUAAAAUAUACUUUCUUUUACAGCACAACUUUUUGAAAUGGCUGACGAUGCAGCCAGGAUUGUACUGUAGCACAUGUUGGCAUCAACUGUAUAUUUUCUCAUGCUGAGUGUCUUCAUGUUUCAUGUAAGUCAAUCUUACUUGAAAGUUUUUAGAUUUUUAACACGAUGGCCAUAACCUGACAAUAGUGCCCACACCUGAAGAAACGCAAUAAUCCUUUCCCGUUAUCCAGAAGGCCCAGGUAGUUUUAUCCUGUGAUUCAAAGGCAGCAAGGAGACUUUUUCACAUUUUAAAAGGCAACGAAAGCUGUUGAAAGAAUUAUAUUUAUAUCUCACAUUUUGGUUAUAUUUGUGGUAACACCUUAGGAUAACGUAAGCCAGAGAUCUGUAAUUGGAGUGUAGUCUGAGGUGCCCAUUUUAGGGUUUUUGUGCUAGUAUUCUUUUAUUUCAUUUUGAUGCAGAAAUUGUGUGACUGUUGCAAAUUAAAAUGUAGCGGGACCCAUUUUCUGUACACAGAACCCUUUACCUGUAUUCCUGGACAAGGCCUAGAGAAUGAGCUGCUCAUCAUGUUUAUAAUAUAAUUUCUGGGGUGAAGUGAAUGAUUUCCUUACUGGCUUAGAGAAAACCAAGGUCAAUAAAAUGCAGAUUGACUUAACUAUUAGAAAAGAUGGGAUGACUUCUGGGAACCACUUGAUUAACUCUUCAAAUAACAGUUAAAGAGAAAAAGCAAAACUGAAAUCCCACCAGACCAUUUUGUGUGCCUGUUUCUAAUCAACACAAAGUUAAGCAUGAGCUAAAAUCAGACAAAGCACUUUAAACUUACCCUUUCCAGAGCGCUUUGCACGUGCACCCUCCUAAGUUUGGGAUUCUGCCAAAUGACCAACUUGAUCCUGGCCCUGAGGAGUCAUUGGCUGCAGGAAUAGGGCAAGAAUCUAUUUCCUAAACCACACAUAAUAUGGGAGCCUUUUUUCAUUGUUUUCAGUUAUAUUAAAGAAUGAAAUCUUUGGUUACUAGGUGCUAAUAACACCUUUUAUAUUCUGACCAUUUGUCACAUUUCAUUGUGAUACUGUAUACUAAUCUAACUCCUUAUGAAAGGCAACAAAAAAACAAAAA